AUGGCCAAAUACACUACCUACUUUGAUAAGCCUCCCGAAGGAUGGAGCUUCCUCGGCUUCUACCAACACCGCCAUAAUGAAAAAAACGUUAUCUUAUCCUUCAUGAAAGAGUCGUAUAUCCUCAAGAAUGCCUUGAGAAAUACCAAUGGCCAAAAUCUGGCAAAGUCAUUCAAGCCGUAUGAGGUUUCCGCCAAGUUCAUCUUCCACGACUAUGAGGACGCUCCGCGCGACGUUCCUCUAACGUUCCGCGUGAAUUUUGUG